AUGAAAACGAAAAUGAAAAAGCACGAGGGAGACAUGCAAUGGAAAGAAAACAAGACCCAGAACAGAGAGAAGGACGGCCACGAAAUGUCAGACACAGAGACGAAGGAGAAGGAUGCAACCAACCCCGAGGACGCCGAGGAUGACUAUAUAGAGGACGAAGACGAGGAUUUCCAGCCGGAAGGCGAGAAGUCCGGGGACGGCAGCGACGACGAAGAUGACGACGACGACGACAAUAACAAUAACAAUAACAAUAACAACAGAGACCGGGACAACGCCCGCGGCAAAGUCGACUACUCGCGCAUAGAGAGCGAGAGCGGCGGGCUGGUCAAGACGAGAAGGGCCCGCCAGGAGGAGGAGGAGUAUGCGAGGACGCACAAGUACGAGGCGCUGGCGGUCGAGUCGAUCCCGGCCAAGGUGGACAGCAUCUGGGAGGAGCUGCAGCGGGCAAGCCGCGACCGUCUUUCCAGCAGGGCGGGCGAGGUGGGCUCGGUGCUGGGCAGCGAGGCUUCGGCGGCAACGGCAACGGCAACAGCAGCAGCAACAGCAACAACAGUUUCGGCGCCCAGCACAGAGUCGCAGUCGCAGUGGCAGGAGGACAAGAUUCUGAUCGAGCGAAGCUACAAGUUUGCCGGCGAGACGGUCCACGAAAAGAAGUGGGUGGCCCGCAGCAGCGCGGAGGGCCAGGAGCACCUGAACAGUCUGAAGUUCAAGCA